CCCCAUCACCUUGAGGUGCCAGGAUGGGGCGUGUGUGGAUAGGCUCACCGGCGGGCAGAGCGGGACUGGGCCGCUGGGUUGGGGCCCUCUGCUGACUCCCACCGCGUGAGGUGGUUCUGCCCGUCGAAGGCCUGGAGGAAAGGCCUGCCUGUGAGCAGAAGCGGCUUCUGCAAGGGAAAGCUGUGGCAUUUGCCGCUGCCCUGCUAGUGUUGGUCUUUGUGCCAGCUGAGGUGGUUGCCCAUGCCAAAUACGCCCAUUCUUGUGGUCUGAGAUACGGGUAUAGCAGGUGGCUGUUGGAUCUUGUGGACCUCUUGCUGCUGAGGUUUUGGUGGUGAGUUGCUGUGUCCACAGCAACAGUUAAAAAACUCUUAAUGGGAGCUUGUUAAGUUGGAAAGGAAAAAUGAGGUCCUGGUGCUUUGUCUUUCAGAACUACUCACCCUAAAGGGACAACUCGCCCUUUAUAGGGUUAGUUUCCCUGCAUGAGACACUUAAGCUAUGGACAGUCACCUCUUGCCUCUCCUUGCAGCUCUUCAGAAGGGGUCUGUAGAUCAGGGUUAAAAGCCUGGUUUAGGCUGCUGAGCUUCAUAGUCCUGAGAGCAAGAAGAAUGGUUGGUAUUUGCGCUGUGCUUUCUGUACACUGGCCUGCCUAGCGUAUUACUGAUAUGUUCAUGGUUCUUGCAGGCUGUUAAAGAAUGAGCAAGCACAAAGCUGGGUAUCUAUAAGAUGCAGUUCAAUGUUUCUCUUUCAAAGUUUACAUGAGAAUAGAGGCUCUGCUGAACUUUAGCUUUCUUUUACAUUUUAAUAAUUCUAAUAAUUCUUUUUUUUUCCUUUCUAUUGGUUGAGUGAGAUGAUGAAAUGCUAAUGAAUCAUCAACUGAUUUUACAAGAGGGUUCUUUGAGCCUUUUGGUUGAAAUAAAAUGAUUGGCAGUCUCAAGCCUUCUAAUGCCUUCAUUUCCAAGAGAGAAAAAAAAAAGUAAGAGGGUGUAUUUCUCCAGUCAGUCCUUAAAUGGAGAACUUCUCUCCUGAAUUGUGGUGAUGUUUUUGGCACUUUGCUAUAUGCAUGCUUCUCUUGUGUGUUAGGUGUUUAACAUGAAGACAGCUUUAUCACCGUGGCUACGGGACGAGAUAUCGAUGUAGUUGUUAUUAUCUGAUGGAAUAAUUGACAAUUUGUUUUUAGAGAGUGAUGGGUAUGUGUUGUCGCUCGCUCUCCUCUGGCACCCUUACUGGUAACCUGCAAAGAAAAUCCCUGCAUGAGCUCUCUUGGGGUAAUUUGCUCUGCAGCCAGCAGCUACUUCCAGUGUGUGUCUGACCACCUGCAGCUGCAGUCAGCUGUGUAAACUGAAUUUUAAUUGACUUGUAAGUGUGGCUAAUUAUGGGGGCUGUUUUAGUAUUGUGAAUUUUGUUUUGACUUAAACAUGAGAUUGGGUCUAUUUGUCACUUUUAUUUCGAGUUAGUAAAACACGCGGAAAUAGGAGUUGGGUUGUAGCCCUUAACUGGCGUUAUAUGUUAGGUCCCCACCUGGUUUAAUGUACAGAUAGCCUAAUUUGUGCUCUGUGGCCUGCAGUACUUCAGAGAAGCAGCUAUUCUGAAAGAGAUAAGUUGUGGUUUGUUUCUUUUUUUUUUAAUGUGCAGAAACAAGGUAGUUUGGUUUGUUUUUUUUUUUUUUUGAAUUCUAAGAGCUUGAAGUAGAGGGGUGAUGUAAUUCAGAGGAGGGAUGCAGAGAGGUGGGAGAGGAAGGGAGGGGAACAACCUCCUUGUGUUGCUCUUGUAGGAAGAGAAACAACCCCCUUCUCUAAUGGACGGUAGCUUUGGGAAGAGUUGCCUGAGCGGGAGAUGGGAUAGGAGACAAAAGGUGGCUGGAGGGGAGUGGAGGGAUGCGGUUGUCUUGGGAAGGUUUUUGUUUUCCUUCAGUAAAACCUGAGCGUGCCUUCUUGCAGGUUGUGUACGCAGCACUGUAGCACAGUUUUGAUAUGGGCCUUUUAUUUUCCUUUUUUGUCAUGUUGUGCUCUAAAUACUUGUUUUCUUGCUUAUUGUGCUUCUCCCUCUAUCAUUUGUAAACCAAAUUAUUUAAGUAGACAGGGUCAUUGCCUCCAGCAGCUGGAGCCUGAGAAUUGCAGUGUACGAUGGCAACAGACAAUGAUAUCAUAGGGACCUCGGAGUAUGAAACGUUUGGAAGAAGAUGAUGUGAAGAACGUGGUCACGUGUUCAGGAAGCUGAGGAUGGGAGGAAGAAAUGAGUUGCUGGAGUGGGUAUGCAGAUGCUGAGCACAUGGGGAGAGAGGUGACCAGGAGCAUGUGUGUAUAUGGAAGCCUAAUUAACUCGCCUCUGAAGGACAAACACUGUGAGAAAUGCUCGUUUGUACGAGAAUUGGGACUAAACAGAGGCGUCCUUAGAGAGGGAGCUGUGUCUAUGUGCUAGUCCCCUGGGAGGGUGGUUAACCUCUUCUCUUGGGGCUCACUUGGAGUGCUUGAUCAUCUCCAGCGUUUUGUGGUAGAAACAGACUUUCAGCUCCUUACCUGAUAACUUUGUGAGAGAACACUUGCAGCAGGCUGUCAGGCUCUCCCCUUUAGUGCUUGGGCGCUGUCCCUUUAGGGAAAGGACUGCAUGACACGGUGGACAUAAUAGCAGAGGACUGGCCUUGGAGAUCUAAAAGAUCUCUUCCAGCUCAUUAUUGCUUUGGUGAUGGAUAAGGAUAUAGAUAGGUCAAUUCAUUAUGCACAAUUUGAGUAAAAAGUGAGUUUGUGUUUGGCUGAGCUCUUCUAUUUAUUACGCGACCAAAUAAAUUGAAGCCAUUUUUCCUUUUGUGGAAAUAAAUAAUCUUAGCUGCCCCAGCCCUAUGUGUGAUUUCCAUUUUUAACUCACCAGUAAAACAUAAAUAUUGUGGUUAUAUAUUACCUGAUUAUUAAUGUUCAGGCAAAAUGCACCAGAGCCAGAGUUCCUUGAAACAAUAUGUGCUUUUGAUGGAUGAGAAUGCAGAGGAGGAGACGGCAGUCGUGACUCAGUCCUCAAUGAGGUUAGAAACCUUCUUGCUGCAAUGAAAGCGUGUUCUUGCCAAGGGAUCUCAGGAAAUGCACCGGCUCUGCCUUCUAGGCAAGCUGGGGUAAUUAACUUAAGUGUGGGAUAUAGCUUCUUGCAGACACAUGUGAUGUUCCUUUUGAGCAUAAUAAAUCAUUUCCAUAUUAAAAGCUGGAGGAAGACCCGUAGUCGUAAAAACCCCUUUCGUAACAAUUCUUGCUGUCCUUGCAUAUGGUUGGCGGUGAAAAAGAGUGGUCAGUGAGCUCAGUACUUAAAGGAUUAAGCUAAUAGCCCCUGCUAUUAUUGCUGCAGGGAACCCCAAUCUAUAUGCAAGCCUCUUUUACACUGGGGAGUAAAUCACAUUAGUUGUUUUAUGCACCAUUAUGGUAAAGUGGAUUCUCAUUUGAGAUACUGCAGGGAGGUGGACUCUUCCCCUUGCCUGGCUUUGAUAUUCCCCCACUUUUCUCAUGCCAGAGAAGGGACAAAAAGGAAUGUUGGCAGCCCCUGGCUCGGGUGCUUUCUCAGCAGAAUGUCCCUAAUUAGACUCAGAGGGGUUGCUGCAGAUGAAGUCCCCAGAGUUUUUAUCUGUGUAUCUUCUUACAUAGUCCCAGCAUCGAAAAAAAUUGUCAUUCCUUAAUAGCAAGUAUGCCAAGAAAAUGUGGCUACUGUUGAUCCUUUUUUUUUAAAUUUUUUCAGGUGAUGCUUUUCUCUGAAUUUCAGAGCUGAGCUUUCCUUUGAAGCGCCGUGUGAGUUCACGAUAUUCAACUUGCGUCAAAAAUUCUUACACGCCAAAUAGAAAAAAAAAAAAGAACAGUGGCUCUGCUGUUAUUGGAGGUUUUCUCUUAAAGCACCGUUUGCUCCCACUCCCUAGGUGUUCGGGCCCAUAGGUGCCACCUACAGGGUGACAUGGUGUGGGUGCUGUGAUGGCUGAGGGUGGGGUGUCUUCUGCUGAGGACAGCAAGGCUAAUGAGGACGUUGCUGUUGGAUGGUGAAUGAGGUGCUUUGCCCCUGAGCGGUGCUUUCUCAUCCUCCGGAGCUGAAUGCAGCGAAUGGGGAAAGCUGCUGAUUUAAUAAUACAGCUUUGGAGAAAACAACGUGCUGCGGGAGCAGGAGAGAGGGGUUGGAGAGCAUCGCGGUGGUCAAAAGGAGUUUUCAAGUGAGAAUUUCCAAAAAGGGGAAGAACUGUUGAGACAAUGACACAAAGACGCUUUCCAGGCAUCGGGUGCUGCAAAGAAGAAGCUUCACUGUUAAUGAGAUUUUUGGAUCGGAUAUAAAAGGCAAGAACUAAAGAGGAAGGCCAUAGGUCUCUGACACCAGCAGGUCCCCAGAGGGUGUUGAGGAAAGGAAGGUAAAUGUGAAUGGCAUACCGAAACGAACCUGUUUUGUCUUGAAGAGGUGGUGCAUUUACUCGCACUUACCUGAUGAGGCAGGCAGCGGGGUAUUAUGGGUGCACAGGCGUGUUUGGGAACACUCGUCCUGCCCUGCGUGUCAUCUCUACUUUGGAUGCUUUCUAGUUGUGGUGAGCACCAGGCUGUUCCUGCACUGAUGAGCCUCGCCGAGAGAUAAGCACAGCUUCCUAACUCUGAGCGUACUUCGACCUGUGAAGAACAUGGCCAUGUCGUAGGGAGCUCAAGGGCAGCACCCAUGGGUGCCGUCUCAGAACUCCAGCAAACACAAGUCAGAAUGUGCUUAUCUUCCACCAGAGUAGAUAUUUUCUGUGCCAGGAUGCGCACCAGAAUUUGGAUAUGACUCUUGAUGCCCAGUUUUGUCUAUUAAAGACCUGUCUGAACCCUUUGGUCUCUUUUCCACUCAAGUUGAAAGGUAUUUGUGCCAAAAUGAGCCUGCAGGAGUGAGUCAGCAUCUUCUUUCAGACCUUCAAUAUCUGCUUGUAUGGAAGCCAUGUUACUGAAGAUCGCCCUGUCUUCUGGAAGUACAAACGCAGUGAACAGAUGAAUCUAUUCAGCCAGACAUUUCUCUGGUAGAUCUCUCUCCUCAUGGAGCAUCACGGCAGGGAGGAGAUGGACUCAAAAGAGGAAAGUCCUCAGGUGUGGGCUGACUCUGCUGAGCAGGAACAGAAUACUGCUCAGGUGCACUUUGUCCCUGAGGGGGGGACAGUGGCACAGAUUGUGUACAGUGAUGAGCAGGACCGUCCCUCGCAGCAGGUGGUCUACACGGCGGAUGGCACCUCCUACACCUCCGUGGACACCUCGGAGCACACGCUUGUUUACAUCCAUCCCGUGGAAGCUACGCAGACUCUGUUUACAGAUCCGUCCCAAGUGGCUUACGUCCAACAGGAUGCCACCACCCAGCAGGUCACUGUGCUCUUGCCUGCUGCUGCUCAGAGCAUGAAUCCCACCAACCUGUCCGUGCUCGGCAACGUUGCCGAAUCCCCCCAGCAAAUGGCUCUGGAGCAGGGUCCACAAGCAGAUAGAGCAUCAUUACCGGUGCAUAACCAGGUGUUACCUCCUAUGGAGGCAGUGGAUGGUUCUGACCCCUUAGCACCUCUGCAGAAUCAAAUGGGAAGGAUGGAGACAAAAGAGGAAGAUGAUGAGGAUGAAGAUGAGGAUGAAGAUGGGGAAGACACUGACGUGGAUGAAUGGGAUCCAGAUCCACCUCGACCCUUUGAUCCCAACGAUUUGUGGUGUGAAGAGUGUAAUAACGCACAUCCCUCUGUGUGUCCAAAACAUGGACCUUUGCAUCCAAUCCCCAACCGGCCAGUGCUGACCAGGGCAAGAGCCAGCCUCCCCUUGGUGCUCUAUAUAGACAGGUUUUUGGGAGGUGUGUUCUCAAAAAGGCGUAUCCCAAAACGCACGCAGUUUGGACCUGUGGAAGGACCCCUGGUUAGACAAACGGAACUCAAAGACUGCUAUAUCCAUUUGAAGGUGUCUCUCGAUAAGGGUGACAGAAAAGACAGAGACUUGCAAGAGGACCUGUGGUUUGAACUUUCUAGCGAGGCUCUCUGUAACUGGAUGAUGUUUGUGCGCCCAGCUCAAAACCAUUUGGAGCAGAACCUGGUAGCGUAUCAGUAUGGCCACCAUAUUUAUUACACAACCAUUAAAAAUGUGGAGCCCAAGCAGGAACUCAAGGUGUGGUACGCUGCCUCUUAUGCAGAGUUUGUGAAUCAGAAGAUCCAUGACAUAUCUGAGGAGGAAAGGAAGGUUCUCAGAGAGCAAGAGAAGAACUGGCCGUGUUACGAGUGCAAUCGGCGUUUCAUGAGCUCAGAGCAGCUCCAGCAGCACCUCAACUCCCAUGAUGAGAAGCUGGACUUCUUCAGCAGAGCCAGAGGCCGAGGUCGUGGGCGAGGAAAGAGGAGGUUUGGACCAGGCAGACGCCCAGGGCGCCCUCCCAAAUUCAUGCGUAUGGAAGUAACCAGUGAAAAUGGGGAAAAGUGUGAAGAAGGGACGCAGGACUUGCUGCAUUUUUCCAGCAAGGGGCAGUUUGAUGAGGCCGGACAAGCCACACUGAAUGGGUUGGAGCAGCAGGAACAGACUCCAGUGCCAUCAGAGACACAGUCGGCACUGGAGCAGCAGUCGGAAAACCACCCGCUACAAAUCCAGCCACAGCACGAUGAGAGCACGGUGCCUACGCAGAGCACCAUGACAGCAGAUGACAUGAGGCGAGCGAAGCGUAUCAGGAAUGCAGCUCUUCAGCACCUAUUCAUACGGAAAUCCUUUCGCCCGUUCAAAUGCCUCCAGUGUGGGAAGGCCUUCCGUGAAAAGGACAAACUGGAUCAGCAUUUGCGGUUUCACGGACGGGAAGGGAACUGCCCUUUGACCUGUGACAUCUGCAACAAGGGCUUCAUCAACAGCGGUGCUCUCGAGAGCCACAUGAAGUUCCACAUGGACCAGAAAACAUACUCCUGCAUUUUCUGUCCUGAGUCCUUUGACCGCUUGGAUCUGCUUAAAGAUCAUGUGGCCAUCCAUGUCAAUGAUGGCUAUUUCACCUGCCCUACCUGCAAAAAACGCUUUCCAGACUUUAUCCAGGUCAAGAAACAUGUACGCAGUUUCCAUUCAGAAAAGAUUUACCAGUGUACAGAAUGUGACAAGGCUUUCUGCCGUCCUGACAAGCUGCGACUCCAUAUGUUGCGACACUCGGACCGCAAAGACUUCCUGUGCUCCACGUGUGGCAAGCAGUUCAAGAGGAAAGACAAGCUGCGAGAGCACAUGCAGAGGAUGCACAACCCAGAGAGGGAGGCCAAGAAAGCCGAUCGAAUCAGCCGCUCAAAAACAUUCAAGCCUCGGAUAGCUUCCACUGACUACGAAAGCUUCAUGUUCAAGUGCCGACUCUGUAUGAUGGGUUUCCGCCGGAGGGGGAUGUUGGUGAAUCAUUUAUCAAAGAGACAUCCAGACAUGAAAAUAGAAGAGGUGCCAGAGCUCACGUUGCCCAUCAUCAAACCCAACAGAGAUUACUUCUGUCAGUACUGCGAUAAGGUGUACAAGAGUGCCAGCAAACGCAAAGCACACAUCCUGAAGAACCAUCCUGGUGCUGAGCUACCUCCAAGCAUCCGGAAACUGCGUCCUGCGGGUCCAGGAGAGCCAGAUCCCAUGCUGAGCACCCACACCCAGCUGACAGGCACCAUAGCUACCCCUCCGGUCUGCUGUCCUCACUGUUCCAAGCAGUACAGCAGUAAGACGAAGAUGGUACAACACAUUCGCAAGAAGCACCCGGAGUUUGCUCAGCUUCCUAACACAAUACAUGCCCCGCUGGCGACAGCAGUCAUCAGUUCCACUCCUGCCGUUCUAACCACCGACAGCACUACCGGAGAGACUGUUGUGACAACAGAUCUACUGACACAAGCAAUGACAGAGAUAUCCCAGACCCUCACAACAGACUAUCGAACCCCCCAGGGAGAUUACCAGCGAAUCCAGUACAUCCCUGUAUCUCAGGCCACAACUGGCUUGCAGCAGCCUCAGCACAUACAGCUACAGGUUGUUCAAGUGGCCCAGGCUACCUCACCUCACCAGUCCCAGCACUCCACAGUGGACGUUGGGCAGCUUCAUGACCCCCAGACAUACACCCAGCAUGCUAUCCAGGUGCAGCACAUCCAGGUCACAGAGCCAUCGCCAGCAACUCAGUCAUCAUCGCAGGUAUUUCACUCUUCUCUUGCAGGCAAUAUUCUCCUUACCAGUCUGCUCAGCUGGUUGCAGAUGCAGACAACUACAUCUACACCAAACCAAGCCCUCCAGCAGCAGCAAGGGUCCUCAGUUCAGCACACGUAUCUUCCCAGCACAUGGAACUCAUUUCGGAGCUACUCAUCUGAGAUCCAGAUGAUGACCAUUCCACAAGGCCAGUACGUGAUCACAGAGACCGCUGUGGGUACACCGGUCACCACUGUCAACACAGGGCAAGUGAAAGCAGUUACUCAGACUCACUAUGUAAUAUCUGAAGGACAGCCUGAUCUGGAUGUCAAACAAAACUCGUCGCUCUCCAGCGAGGUACAGGUUGGUGUUUCCCAGCCACCAGCCCACACGGAUACCUUGGAAUCACAAACAAGCAGUCAGCAGCAAACCACCCAGUACAUCAUCACUACAACCACCAACGGGAACGGCAGCAGCGAAGUGCACAUCACUAAACCAAGAACUUUCUCAGCGGAACAUGAAUGAAGAAGCCUCUCAGUGUCACUUGCUUGUACUUGUCACCUCCCCCAAAAGCCCAGCUAUAUGGGUAUCCCAGAGCUCAGUAUGUUUUAAAGUAUACGCUCACUUAACUUCAACUAAAAUCUUGGAGCUCUUGUUAAUGCUUUAAAAAGAGGGUUUAAGUCCCCAGUGACCAUGAAGUACCCUCAAAAUCCUUCUGGGAUGCUAUUUUAUGCAGCUUUUAACAAAAAGGAUGAGAGGAGAAGUGAAACCUCUGCUUGCUCUGGACUUUAUUUUUGGCAUGUCUGCUGACCUUUAUUUUUCCUUUUUGGAAGUGUCUCCAGUGAGCAACUUUUUAUUUCAAUUGUAUGGGAAAAAGCUUGCCUAACUGAAGGCGAACCGGCAGAUUGUUGUACGUACAUUUUUAAUAGGAGCCAUUAAACAGGAGGACAUCAUGUCAACUGCCGGAACAUGGCCAAACUGCUUCCUGUGUCUUUGUGUCAGCAGCCAAGGUGGAAGGAAAUAAACCAACGCGAGCAGACUGCCUGGAGAAAAAGAGCAGCAUCAAAGCAGUGGCUCCUUGCGUACGUGUGCGGGGAUGGAUAUAACAAUGAAGCUGUGAAGAUGUGCCGAAGCAGUCCGUUAAACUAUUAUUUUUCCAACCCUCAGGAACUGUUUACAUGCUGUCUGCCCUAUUUUACCAAGCAGUUCCAGAAAGAACAAAAAGUACAGUCUUAAGCCCACGUUUGGCACAAACUGAUUGAAAUCAUAGUAGCACAUAAGGGUAGCACGGAGCCACUGUUGUCUCUCUUCCCCUCCGGUAUUUGCAGGGAAAAUCGCCCUUUUUGCCUGUAAACAAGAAAAGGCUCAACUUGGCCUGUGUAGCAGCUUUUGCUGUGACCUAAAGGUGGUUGUGCCAGAAGAAAAUGAGGGUACAGGAGCACACCUCUGAAGACGUGGGGUAGUUGUCUCUCUUGCCCCCUUGAAGCGGACGUAUCUUUCCCCUUGAAGACUGGAUGGAGAGUUGGUUACUCUGAUUUUCCAAAUACCUUGUUAACAAUGCACUGUAAUUCCUUUGGACAGUUCUGUAAAACGACCAGCCCUGGACUCAGGAAAAGAAGAAACGUGCUAGUGGACCACUAUUUAUGGGACACAGAAAGCCACCUGUGAGGGCUGCCUGCUUUGUUAGACCUG